AUGAGUUUUGACGCACCACCUGUCCCUGCACCUCAGAAUGAGCACGCCAAACGUACCAACGAGCUCUUUGUCGUCUUCUACGAGGAACUUGGAAAAUGGCCCUGGGAGGUUAUCGAUUUUGGUCCCCGAAAAUGGGGUCAGAAUCUCGUGCAUGACUUCACGAGACUUCUAAGCGUCGACCUUCCUAAGACCAAGAAUGUGUCACAUGCGGAACUUAUCGAAUACUUGCAUCACAAUUCUGCGGACCACCCCAAGGUCCAGUAUCAAUACCAGCUGAACAUGAUGCUCAUCGCAAAAGCAACCAAGUGGUUAGCAGAGAAACGUGAGCUCGCCGACCCCGACCCCGAUUCUGAUACCGACUCCGACGGCUCUAUUCUCAAUGAGCCCCAGAAUGUCACUCGGAACCGAAAGCAGGCCCGGGCACUUCGAGCAGCUACUAGAACCGCGCCGGUUCGAUCUGCUCGCAAACGACCUAUCAACUACAGCGACCGUCACCAUUUCCAACUCCAUAAUGUUGAUGACACUGAAGAUGAUGGCGCUGGUGACGCCGAUGAAGAUGGACGAAACGAGGAAACCCAGGACGAGGUUGAGCUCGAGUCAGCCGAGCCUCCAGCCAAGCGAAGGCUGAUGGUCUUCUUCAACUUCUCACCCGAGAACACGCAUGAGCUAUCUAAACUCAUGGGAAACUUCACCACGGCAGGAGCCCGACACUCGAUUCCUCAGCGAAAUGGCGCAGGAGGCAACAUUCUUCUCGAUACACCUAACCAGUUGAAUGAAGUCCAAAUUGCAUAUGCCGACCAUCUCAAACGCGAGAUCGCCAAAGUGGAAGAGAACAUCACCCGCACCGAAGCUAAUAUCAACAACUCGUCCCGGCGCCGUACAGGCUAUCAGGAAACCGUCCGAAACAGCGCUGCAGCCCUCGAAAAAGCUACGAGGGAAGCCACCGAGGCUUCAAAAGAAGUCCAGAAAGCAAAAGCCCUCUGCGAAGCUGAUGCUCAGGUCGUCGAGGAGUUGCGCCGCCUCAGCAGUGACAACCCGACAAUACUCACAGAAGAAAGCUUUCAAAACAUCAAAGAGAACACCCCUGCACAGAAAAAGAAGAGAGAAGCUGAAAAUGCAUUGCGCACCAAGGAAAGACGUCUGAAUGACGUCAAAACUAAGAUUCAGAUCGCAGAGGCUAACAUGGAUCCUCUGAGCAGUAAGAUCAGCGAAUUGUCUGAUGUACUGAAGGCAAAGAAGAAUGUUCGUCGAAGCCUCGUUGCGAUGCAUCGGCUUGUGACAAUGGGGGAGAUGGAAGAGACUUUGGGGGAGAAAGGUCUUGAGGAGUGGUUGGGACAACAGCAAAUGUAA